GCAGCGGAUGAAGUGGACUCUGACAGUAUCUACUUUGAGGUCGAUCGGUCUGGGACGGUGCACGUCUUCUGGAAGGAGCCCCCGGAUCCCAACGGUGUCGUCCUCUACUAUUAUCUGCGUUAUCGUCGGCUGGACAAUCUCCCCCAAGCUGCCACCAAUACCUCAACGGUAGUUGUUUAG